CUUGAUUUUUAUUAUUUCACAUUAGUAUAAAACCGGGGUGAUACGAUCCGUUAGCACAAGCUGACUUACCUCCAAGUAACAAAGCACCUUCUCAAUCACCAUGUUCAAGCUGAUCGUCCUCGCCGCCGUCCUGGCCGUCGUCGCCGCUGCCCCAGGUGGCCUUACCGGAGUCCCCAUCAGCUACGGACAUGGACCCAUCGUCGCUCCCCACGUGAUCGCCGCACCCGCGGUGAUCAAAACUGCCCACUACGUCCACCAGCCAAUCGCCCCAAUUGUCCAUUCCCCCCCAAUUGUGACCAAAACUGUUCUGGCCGGUCACGGAUUAGGAGUCGUCGGACACGGAUGGGGUCUUCAUUAAAAAGUUGAAAAGUCGCUGACGAUGUCGUCGAGAAAGCCAGCCCCCAACUCCAUAUCGUACCAGCCCCACCAACCGCCGAAUUUUUUUCUUCUACAAUCAUCGCAGUAGCGACGUAUUUUUAAAGAAGAAAAAAAUUAAACCAAAAAAAAACAAAAAAAAAUAAUCACCAUUCGAGAAAAGCGAAAAAAAUUUCUUUUACUUCGAUGUCAUAUACCGCAGUGUAAUAGAUUUGCCCGGAGCUUGGGUUCGGUAAAUUAUUGGUACGGAGAAUUUGGCGUUUUCUCAUGUUAGUGAAAAUGACAAAUUCCCAUAUCACGAUUCACCUGUUCCUACACUUCGGGAGAUUUUAUAUACUUCAUUCUGGUAAAUUUUCCAUUCAAUCACCACGAUCAUCCCCCAGGCGUUACUUUACGAAAUUUUAAUAAAAUUCCUUUCUUAAACCCAA